GCAUUUCCCCCGGUUUUGUUUAUCUGAUGAAAAUUUUGAUUAAUUGACAAUCUGUUUAUAGGAUAAAAAUAAUGCUGUUUUUCCGUUCCCCCUGUGAGUUUAAUUUUUGUUUUUAACCAUAUAAAACCGUGUUUAAAGAUUGUUACAACAUGGCGGAUAAACCAGAAAAUGUUGGUUUGUAUAGAAACCGUGCUGCGCAGACACCAAGUAUUGCCGAACUGACUGAUAUUGCCAAUGAGUUUGGCCUACAUUGUGAAGAUGGCGAACUAGAAGAUUUGCGAGAGCACAUAGAUGAAACGCUAGCAGGAAGUUAUCAAACAGUGAAUGACCUUGUUGCACCUACACUUCCUGUUAAAUAUCCAAGAACCCCUGGUUUUAGACCGGAACCGGAAGAUAAUCUAUGCAAUGCGUGGUAUUGGAGAUGUGACAUAGAAGGUGCCAAAGACGGGAUUCUCAAGGGAAAAACGUUUGCCAUCAAAGAUAACUUAUGUGUAGCUGGAGUGCCUAUGAUGAAUGGAUCAAAGAUAAUGGAAGGAUAUGUACCUGAUAUCGACGCUACUGUUGUCACUCGAAUCCUAGAUGCAGGGGGACGAAUUGUUGGCAAAGCUAGUUGUGAUCCAUUCAGCGGAAGUAGCUUUACCAGUGACACUGGUGCAACAUUGAACCCUUUUGACAGGACAAGAUCUGCUGGCGCUUCAAGUUCUGGUUCGGCUGUUACAAUUGCUAAUGGCGAAGUUGACAUGGCAAUAGGCGGAGACACAGGGGGUUCCAUACGUAUUCCAGCGUCAUGGUGUGGUAUUGUUGGGCUCAAACCUACAUGGGGUCUCGUUCCGUACACAGGAGCCGUUUCUGUUGAGAUAACAUGUGACCACCUUGGGCCUAUGACGAGAACAGUUCAUGAUUGUGCACUCUUGCUGGAGGCAAUUGCAGGCUUCGAUGACGGCCAAGAUCCACGCCAACCACGUGGCUUGAAAGUUCCUAAAUAUACAUCACUGCUUGAUGGGAAACUGGACGGUUGGAAGAUAGGAUUAGUGACAGAGGGGUUUACGGAUUGCGACGCCGAUGUACAGUCAGUGGUUCGAGCAGCGGCUGGGCAACUGAGCAAAGCUGGAGCGACAGUAGAGGAAACAUCUAUCCCUUUUCAUAAAAAUGGUCUUGCUAUCUGGGCCCCUAUUUGCAUAGAAGGCACAUACCAAUGUUUGAUUCGAGGAGCUGUAUACCUUUACUUUCAGGUAUAUGGCAACCAGUUCUAUGGACGUGCGCACAAUUUAAACAUGAAGUUGACGAAAGCUUAUGACGAGGCAUUAAAGAAGUAUGACGUCAUCAUAAUGCCGACACUGCCAUAUAAAGCACCACUGUUGCCGACAAAAGAUUCUUCUAUCAAAGAACGCUUGAAAGAGACCUUAGGUAUGGCUCAAAAUACAGCGCCUUUUAACAGCACAGGACAUCCCGCACUGACAAUUAACGCGGGAAAAUCUGAAGGUCUGCCAAUCGGGAUGAUGAUUAUAGGAAAUCAGUUUGAGGAUGCCAAGGUCAUUCAAGUUGCAUACGCAUUUGAACAAAUUCAAGGAAAAUAACGCGGGAAUAUUAAGAAGGACUUCCGUUAAAUAAAUUCAGAUUGAAU